AUGUUAUGUCGUAAUAUGUAUGUAAUAUGUCCUAAUAUGUUGAAUAUAAUAUGCUAUGUCCAUGUUUUAUACUAUACUACUGCUGUAGUUAGAGGUUGAGGUAAAGGGGUUGCAAUCAGCAACUAGACCACUACUAAAUCCUACACACUGGUCCUUUAAAUGUACACGCACACAAGUAUGUUUAUCACUUAAAUCUAGUGAGAAUUAUCUAAGUUAAAUUUUUAGAAAUGUAAAAAUCAGAUGGCAGAGUAUUAAAAGCACUCUUCAACAAGUUCAGUAUAUUUUAUUGCAUUCAGGAGCUUUAACUUCACAUAAUGUUUUCAUAAAGGUAUCUGAAAAGAUGAAGGUCCUUCAAAACCUGCCAGCAGUCAGCUUAAAAUCUAAAAAAGCCUCAGCAGUGAGUCAGUCGGCGUUCAUUAAUGAUGACAUAGAUUUUUCCCCUCGUACCAACACAAUGUUUUCACAUCAUAACAGCAGGAAUAAGUGCAUCGUUAAUCAUAUUCUUGCUGUUCAGUGGCAGUCUAGUACACGACCACAGCAUUAUUCGCUUUGUUUGAUGAGACAGGCGUAGAUUCAGCACUCCUUCUUCAGUGGUUUAGAGUUUAUACACGCAGCUUCAAUAGAAACAGACAAGUCCAGCCUGUCUCUUAUAGAUCUACCUACCAGAUUGUCUGUGCAGCUGACAGCCAGUGAAUGACAGACAGGUGAGUCACCUGUAUCCAGCACACAGGCACAUUAUCAUGGAGGAAUUUCAACGUGACGACAACUGAAGCUUUAUCUUGUGUGACCAACAAGCUGGUGACAACAGGAAUGUAUUGAACCGAUGAUAAUGCAUUGUGGGAGGGUUAGUUUUACACUGCUGUUCUGAAUUAGGUGGAGAAUAUUCUUUUAGCUGAAUAAAAGAGAGUACCUUGGAGUUUUCUUGUAGGCUUACACUUUAAAGCAAGCAAACAAUGGAGAAAUAUUGUAGGCAAGGCUAGUGGAUUAUGUGAAGAACAAACUGCAUUUAUUCUGUAUCGUUUUAAUUUUUCAUUAGCCACUAUAGCCAUGUUGUGAUACAUAUGUCAGACCUCUGUUUCACAGGAUGAUGGAGCUUCAAACAGAGAAGAGGUUCCACAACUUGACCCUUGAGCAAGUCCAAGCUCUGGACAAGGUCUUGACAGAGGUGAUCCCCAUCCACGGACGAGGGAAUUUCCCAACACUGCAGGUGAGAGCAAAAGACAUCAUUCGUGUGGUGAAGGAUCGGCUGGUCGAACGAGACAUCCAGGUGAAAGAUAUACGACUUAAUGGUGCGACUGCUAGCCACGUCCUGGUGAGGGAUAAUGGCCUCGGUUAUAGAGACUUGGACAUCAUUUUUGGAGUGGAGCUUCCCAGGCAGGAGGACCUCCAGGUGAUUAAGGAGGUGGUGCUGGGAAGUCUACGAGACCUCCUCCCUUGUGGAGUUAACAGACGCAAGAUCACCUGCCUGACAAUGAAGGAGGCGUACGUGCAAAAGAUGGUGAAAGUUUUCAACGAGCACGACCGAUGGAGCCUCAUCUCACUGUCGAACAACAGAGCUAAAACCGUGGGGCUCAGGUUUGUUAGUUCCCUUCGAAGACAGUUUGAGUUCAGCGUGGAUUCCUUCCAGAUAAUAUUAGAUCGAAUGCUGGAGUCUUACUGGGAGACUGAAAGGAAACAAGGAGGAAUGUUGCCUUUGAAUGCUGCAGAGUGCAUGUAUGGAGACUUUGAGCAAGCGAUGGACCACCUCCGCAAUCGCCUCAUUGCCACCCGCAACCCAGAGGAGAUCAGAGGUGGGGGGCUGCUGAAAUACAGCGACCUGCUGGUGAGGAACUUCAGACCAGCCAGCGAGACCGAGAUCAAGUCGUUGGAGCGAUACAUGUGCUCCCGCUUCUUCAUCGACUUCCCUGACGUAAGUGAGCAGCAGAGGAAGAUCGAGGCCUACUUGCAGUGCCAUUUCAUUGGCAACGAGGAGGCCAGCAAGUACGACUACCUGAUGACCCUGCGGCGCAUCAUAGAUGAGAGCACGGUGUGUUUGAUGGGACACGAAAGGAGACAGACGCUCAAUAUGAUCACCGUCCUGGCGCUGAGGGUGCUGGGCGAGCAGAACGCCAUCCCCAACACAGCCAACGUCACCUGUUUCUAUCAGCCGGCUCCGUACAUGACAGAGCCCAUUUACAGCAGCUACUUCAUCACCCAGGCCCAGCCUCAACUUGUCUACCACCCGUACCCGCUACAUGUCCACAUGCAAACAGGCCUGGUGUAGCUACAGUGACAUGCCCACAGGGAGGCAUGUAAGGCUUCUUUCAGCAUGAUGCUCUGCACGCAGAGGCAGAAAUGGAAGUUUUAAGCAACAACAGGCAACCACGGGGGCGCAGUGUUGUUGUAACGCUUUGAAAUCCCUCCUGCUUAUGACAUGAAAGACGACGAAAGGUCAGAACUGAAGGGUGGUCUGGAGGCAAAGCAUGUCACCCCCUUUUCUGAGACGAACGCUUUUGAAAAGGAAAGAAAACGCCGAGAGCCCACUUUUCAGUGAGCUCGUAGAGAGGAUUUCAUUGAAGUGGAGGGACUUUGUUUGAGGCUGUUUUUCAGCUCAGCUUUGGCUGGUCACCCUUCCCUGUUGAGGAGAAUGUUGUAAUGUGAUAAUUCUCUAUGACUAGAAGAUUUAAACUAACAUAAUCUAUGAAACAUCUUAAUUUGGUUAAGUAAUGAUAAGUCCGUACCUUUUCUGAGAGGUUAAAAACCCUUGUAUAACUGUUUUGUGAAUCAUCAGUCUCUUGUGGAGUAAAUUUCAGCACGUGGUUAUACCUGUGUAUUCACUGUAUAGACAUAGGAGGGCAUACAUUAGACAACAGUUGCUGUGGUAUUUCCAUGAUGUUGUAAGUUCUGUAUUUGUGGAUGUUAACACCUAAUUUCAAAGGUAGAAACAAGAUGCUAGCUUCAGUUCCAUUAGGGACUGUAAGAAAAUUUUUCGGAUUGUCACGGACACUGAAGGCCCUGAAAACAUAUCAAGUAUUUCUCUAAAAAUGAAAUUAACAUGUUGGGUUUGUUGUCUAAGAAUUUAACACUCUAAAACUAAUCUGUGUCAUCAGGACUGUGCGGUGUGAUCAGCUCUCUUUUCCAGAGUUGUGUCUCGAUAGUAACCCUAGAUUUGCAAACCCUUGCACAUGCUCACUUGAUUCAGCAAAGUAGAGUUUCGCUCUGUGAUUGCAGAUAUACCAGGAGCUGAUGUGGAAAUAUUUUGAUCUGCAGUCUUAUGAGGAGAAAAACAAGACUACAAAGCGACAAAUUGUUGUGACAAAGCCUUUAGGACGUCGGAAGUGGACGAAGCCAAAAGCUGAUGAUGAUUUUUGUAGUUUAGGGUUUGUUGAGGUUAAAGCAACAAAACUACUUGAUUAGGUUUAAGAAAACAAAACAAAGUUCAGGUUAAAUUCAGUCAGUGUUUGUCUGUGAAGUUUCUCAGUCGUCCAGGUCAUCUUUCUUCAACAAGGGUUAAAUAUGGGGCCACUAGACUUGGUUGUAGAUCCGUAAAGACGUUUCACCUCUCAUCCGAGAGGCUUCUUCAGUUCUGACUGGCUUUUGGGAAGCUCCAAGUAUUUCUUCUGGGCAGUAUUGACGCAGCCACAACUUGCAACAACUGGAGCACUAACGAACCCGUUGCAAACUAUAGCAAGGUCUUCGAUCCUGCCUUGGAUAAAUACUUUAAUAAGAGUUAAAACAUCUUCUUGGAUCUACAAUCUAGUCCAUUUGCCCCAGAAAUAAGUCAAUGUUAACUUUUGGUAUCACCCAGGACACUAAUAGCAGCUUUUUGCCACUUUUCUCACUGCAACGACACAAAAGUUUCACAAAUCUAGGUUUACCAUCUAGACAUGACUGCUUUCCAGCAAUAAAAACAACCUAAACAGAAGUACAGAAAUCUCUCAUACGAUCUCUCAAAGAAAAUGUGUUCUUGUCGGACGCCAUCAUUCAUAUAAAGAAGAUGAUGGUAAAAGAAUUUUAUGCAACUAUUAACUUCACUACAAUACGAUCCUUCAGUCCGAUAAUUUUCCUACAGUCCCUCUAAUAUUAAACCAAGCUCCAGAGCUGCUCUGAUCCCGAUCAGUGACAGAGCGUUCGUCGUGCUUUUGCAUUGUAAUCAUCUUUAGUGCUUGGAGUUAUAAGCCAGGAGUUGUGGCCCUGAAUUCACCCUCCAUUUCAUCAACUAUACUCUUCAACUCUCCAACGUCGUAGAACCAGCACAAGGAUUUUCUUCUUCCUCCUGCUGGCACUAUGAUGAAAAAAAACCUCAGCUAUUUUGAAUUUAGACAGAAAAUUACGCUAUAUCUCGAGCGAACAGCCGAAAACGCAGAGAGCAUGUUAAGUUUUUUUUCCCAUCUCCAUCUACCAACAGCAGGCUGUGUGUAUUAACGUGGUGACAGUUUGUUUCUUGUGGUGGAUGUAGUGAAUGUCAGUACUGUCGGGAUUUUUUCGCCUGCCAUUGUGAGCAAAAAUGUUCCUGCACUUUUAAAUUAUUCAAGCAGUCGACGACGCAGCCAGCAGUUAUUGCACUCUGUCCCUGUGUAUGUGUGUUCAUUGUGUAUGCAUAGCUACAAUACAUGUACUCAGUAUUUCUACAAAAAAAAAACGUUUUAAGCACAGGUUAGGACAUGUGAGACUGAAGCACAAUGUAAAUGCACAUAGCUGUUGUCGAGUAAUAAAGGUGUUUCUGACAUGCUUGUGAAUCUCAGACUAAAUAUCGAAGACAUCUGUGCAGUAGUGGCCCUCUGUAGCUUUAAAGUGAUGUACCUAUCUUGAGACUUUGAGGUAUGUUGUGUAUCGUUAAGGAAAUGUGUCACCAGUAGAGAAAUUCAAAUAUUCCUGUUAUGAUAUCUCGUUGCUGCGAUUGUUGUGUUAUCGUGGUAAUAAAUAUAACA